CGUAGUUUCACCCAACCGCGCCAAAAUCUUGAUCCAAUAACACGAAAGACUCGUGCGAAGAUCAAGAAGUAACUCGCGGUGAGAAGUAAUCAUUUUUAAAAAAGAUCAUCGCGUUGUAAUGUGAGAGGAUUAUCGAUAACCGUUGACACGAUAAUCGGACUCGCAAUGGUGGUGAACUAAUAUGACAGUAUUUUGAAUCAAUCCUGAAAGCAGACGAGAUUUGCGCAAUAUUUUAACGAUUAUUAAUGAGAGGUGUGUCGACUAUUUCUGAAGUGGUAGUAAAAUAUGGAAACGGUAUUGCGGACAGUGCAGAUUGAAAUUGGGUAUAUUGGAUCAAUUCGGAGAGAUUUUUUCUGGGGUGAGAAACUUCACUUAAAAACGGGACUGAGAAAUUCGACGUGCGAUUCAACGACACGUUUACCGCAGGGGAGAGCGAGUAGUUGGACAAAGUGGACGGAAAAAUAAUUAACAAUAAGUGGAAAUUUUAUUGGACACGUGAUAUUGGAGUGCCGAUUUUUCGCACGUUGUUAAAGUUCAGCAGCCGCGUGCCAAUUUCACCCCGUGAUGGCAGCAGUAAAUCUUCUUCCGAGCCCGCUCGGAAAUUUUUCCGAAGACAAUUGCACCGAAUCCGAGUACCUCGAGAAGAUGCUCGGACCCAAGCAUCUGUCAAUACGAAUUGUACUUCCGGUAACCUUCGUCUAUGUGUUAAUUUUCGUCACUGGAGUCUUUGGGAACGUCGCUACGUGUUUGGUUAUCAUCAGGAAUCCGGUGAUGAAAACUGCCACCAAUUAUUAUCUCUUUAGUCUUGCCGUGUCGGACCUCACCCUCUUAUUGCUCGGAUUGCCAAACGAAUUGAGCGUUUUUUGGCAACAGUAUCCUUGGCCGUUCGGAUUGGGCUUGUGCAAGAUCAGAGCUUUUGUGUCGGAGAUGUCCUCCUAUGUCUCGGUAUUGACAAUCGUGGCUUUUUCGAUGGAAAGAUACCUGGCGAUAUGUCAUCCCCUUCAUCUGUACGCCAUGAGUGGACUGAAGAGGCCAAUUCGAUUCAUCUUGGCUGCCUGGGUGGUUGCUCUCGUCUGCGCUCUGCCCUUUGCGGUCUACACGACGGUUUACUACGUCGAAUUUCCUCUAGGAUCCAAACGUCACGUCGAGGAUUCGGCGAUCUGCGCCAUGCUUCAGCACAACAUGCCACCUUUUCCACUCUACGAAUUGAGCUGCGUUAUAUUCUUUCUCAUACCCAUGCUUCUAAUUUUGGUAUUAUACGUCAGGAUGGGUCUGAAAAUACGAAACACGUCGCUCGGUCGAAGUAUCGAGGGAUCUGUUCACGGUGAAACGAGGCAAGUGCAGUCCAGAAAAGCGAUCAUCAGGAUGCUCAGUGCUGUCGUCGUGAUGUUUUUCAUUUGUUGGGUCCCUUUUCACGCGCAACGCUUGCUCUACGUGUAUGCGAGGAAUUCCGCUUACUACGUAGAAAUAAACGAAUGGCUCUACGCACUGGGAGGCUGUCUUUAUUACUUCAGCACCACGGUGAAUCCAAUUCUCUACAACGUGAUGAGUGCAAAAUACCGAGGUGCUUUCAAAGAGACGUUGUGCUGUGUGACAGGAAGUCCGACCUUCACCAGGGACGAACUUAGCAGUAUGAGGGAUACCACAAUCUGCGGAUGCGACAGUGCUACUUCGAUGCAGCUUAUCAGAAUUCGCAGUCUCCGUUACACUCGGACUGUAAGAUGUACCCUGGACCAUGCAAAAGAUAUUUUACGUUCUCCGAGUCACACGAGGUGUAAUAAAGACGAUAAUGGUAACGGUGUGAAUUUGAAUGCUUCUCAGAACGACGACCAUUUGCAAAAUUCAAACACUGAGCCAUUACUUGAUUCCAAAAAGACAUCAAUCAUCAGCCAGGCCAGCAAUGGAAAACCAAAGUGCCACACUACCGAGGUCUACGUACCACCGGAUGAAACUUGCAUCUGAUCCCAUUUUCAGGAGACUUUCACUAUAAGAGUGACUGUUUGAGACCUGAUGUAUAUUUUAAGUUUUAUCUUGCUACUCGAUCAACGAUCCAUCCGACACUUACAAUGAAUCUGUAAUAGUUGACCAACUCACGGCGGUAACAGUGGAUUAAAGAGGCAGUCGCCUGCAAACUGUGAUUUUGAAGAAAACACGUUUUCUACCCGCGUUAUUUUAAUUCCUGUUUGAGUAAAGGAAUUGCUGCGGCUUGAAGUAUAUUUCUGUAAAUUACGUAAGGUUUUGAUGGGGACAACGUCGAAAAUUCUUAUGGAGCUUAACAUCAGGGUGGAGCUAGUCAAUCAAUUUCUUGCGUAUUUUUUGUCAACCUCAAAAAAUACAUCGCAACAAUAUAAUUGUUGUAAUUUCGAUUAUGGCAUCAUUGCUGAUGUUUUGAACCCGUGUGUCCUCUGCAGUAUUGUGAAAAUUGUAAUAAAAAAAUAUUGUGAUUGCGAAGUUGUUUUAUAACGUGAGAUUAUAAAAAAUUGAAAUGCAAAUUGCUUUUGUAAUGGAUAGUUUAAACAAAAUUAGGUACUUUAUUCUUAAGGUAGGUUCUCGAAAGAAAAGUUAAUUACUUAUCACUUUUAUAGUUCUGAUAAGUACGUACGUGUGUGGAAAAUGGAAUUAAACUUUAUAUUAUUUAAAAUAUUUUCAACGAUUAAAAUGUGUAUAUCAAUAAAACAGCAACGAAAAUUGGCACCAUUUAAAAUGGUCCAAUGUAUCUAUAUCUAUGAUCACGAAUAUGCUAAUAAAUUCAGUUAUAUUUGAAUCCUUUGUUGGUCGAAAACAAAUAUAACAAAGGUCCAACGUAUGAAGCAGCUGGAAAAAUAUAAAAAUAAUCAGAUCCAAGUUUUCAUUGUGUAAUAUAACUCCCGAUAACAUAAGCUAAACAUUUAUAUCGAAUAAAUAUUACGUUGAUUGGAAGCAUUUCAUUCGUCAACUGAAUUAUUUCGUCUAUUCUUUCACUGCUUUCAGACUGUUAGAAUGCUGUUGAAAUGCUUGCAUUUUUUCAUAGAAUCUUUUUAUGUUACCUUGCACAAGCUUUUCAUCAUUAGGAUGAACAUAUCCGAUAUAAUCGAGACGUUUUUGAAACCGACUGAAUAUGAUUUCUUAUCAAUAAAACAUUUGAUGGAACAAAAAAUAAGAUGAAUGAAAUGAUCUUUUAAUCAGCUACGUUGUACCAUUUCAAUGAACUGUAUGUUUUCUUGUCUAAGUGUUCUUAUGUUUAAAAUUAACAAGUCAUUCGUUUGAGAGAACUGUUUUUUAUUCAAUUCACGUAACUCACAGAUUAACAUUUAUUUCACCAUCCGUAACCGCCGCACUCAGAUGACUUAAACUUUUUUUUGAUUGAACAUUUUUUUCCCCCUAGGUAUUCACACGUAUGGUCUGCAUUGCUGUGGGUAGAUUUCUUAAUUCAACUCUUUUUAGUAUUAAAAUCAAUUUCUGGUAAUUUUCAACGAAAAUUCACCAAAAUCUCCCUCUAAUCAAAUUUGAUUAAAAAAGUCAUUAGAGAAGCAUUCCUAAAUAUUUUUGUAGGUGGACACGAUCACCAGUGCUAAACGUGAGUUUGAAACUAGAAAUUUGUUUGUUUAGAAACUAGUUUGAGUCUAGAAAUAACACGAAGCACAUAAUUCAAUGUAUGUACAUCAAGGGAAGAGUUUAGUGAAACUCGAUUUUUUUUUUUUUUAAUUUAGUAAUGAAAAAAAAAAACAAAUAGCUCUCAAAAAAUUUAGACAUUGAACCAAAGCUUGGAUUACAGAACAGGCAGAAGAAAACUAACAUGCCUGAGCAGCCGCUCCUCAAAAUUUUCAUCACUUGCGAAAAUGAAAUUAUUGGAUAGAAAGAUUUUGAUUAAAUAUUUUUGCAAAUCCCUCAGAAAUGGUUAUACUAAUUUUGCUAUAAAGAUAACUGACUCAAAAUACAGUAAAGCUAACUACAUCUCAAAUAGAAGAAUAUUGAUGGCAUUGUUAUUUGUAAGAUUAUUUACCUAAAUUGUAUAUGUAAAUGAUGAAAUGAGAACGUACAGAAAAAUUGUCGUUUUCAAUAUUGCUGAUUCUUUGAUGAAGUUUAUCCAAUGUUGAAAGUAAAAUUACAGUAAGCAACUUUAUUGAAGUGUAAUGGAGGCAUUUUGUACGCACAUAGCAAUGGGAUUGCUUACCGAGGAGGGUUAACGAAGAGCUGCAUUGCGGUGUUGAUAAAGUGUUCAAAUUCAAUAAGCUAGUAGCUAAGCAUCGAUUGCCAUCCGACAUAAAAAUUUCAUUUACCAUUUCUGAUAAUUUCUCUCUUCGAUAGUGCGUUAAAAUAAUAUGACGAGUGAAUUUUCACUAUCAAGAUGGCUGAUUAUUUUCAUAGAUAUCCAAGAGUAACAAAAAUUGGACCUGUAAAUAUGUAGCAUAUACGAAUACUCGCAAAAAACUUGGUUCACGCAAAAUGUGAGGAGAAAAUUUGAUUCACCGACUUGUCAAAAUAUUCCCGAGCACGAAUAUACAGGAUGACGAAAAAUUAUGGAAACACUUAAAUAGUUAGGUAAGAGUGAUCUCAAAAAAAUUACCAAGAUCAAGUCUUAUUCAAUUUUCAACAACGAAUUCAAUGGCGUCCUUAGAUUUGACCCUGAGGCACGAUUUCAACGUCAUUUCCAGGCUUGCUUCUCUUCUGAAUGCAGAAGGAUAGGUAUGAGAUGGCCAUCUCAUUCGGAAUAACCGUAUGCAAAUAGUCGUUUUGUCAUGAUUUCAGACUGUGGAGUUUGUGUGAUUCCCUUCAAAUCCCAUGAAAUGCAUAAACUAUACGAUAACAGAAACGUGCGAGAAAUAAAAUACGUACCUACGUGGUUACGUUAUUGGUGCCACCUUCUUACCGGACUCUAAUCAUAGGUCACGAUCAUGCUUCAUAAACAUUUCAAUCCAGAAGAUACGACGUUGUAAACACUGUUCAAUGUAGCAUGCAUUAUACAUAUUUUUCAUGCUACGUUGAAUUGCAGUGUGAACAAACCAUUGCUCCAAACAAUCAGACGCCAAGAAUAUACCUAAAAUGUGUGAUAAUCGAUCCUGUCGAGGGCCUCGCACAAUCCUCACGGAUCGUGGCUUUCGGUUAAAUUUUCGCAAAUUUUUCGAAUUUGUAGAUCAUGUCGUACUGGCCAAGAGUCGCUCACUAUUGUUACGAAUCGAUUCUAUGAACUGCUGUUUCAGUUCUACGAGCUCACAAAGGUCAGAAAAUUACCGUCAAAUUUUUAACAGCAAAUCGACCUGAGUCGACUGUGGUAACUUUAAGUAGCACUACUUGAUCUACAAACCAGGAAGAUCUUGUUAAAUUCGUUCGAAAGACGGUUCUCGUGAAGACUAUGCGGGACGAUUUGCAAGUAUUGCUUGUGGAAUGGAAAAUUUUUAAAUACGAGAAUUUCUAUUCACGAAAAAUAUGCUCAACUACUAGUUAAGUUAUUCUUAACGGACGUCGCUUGUGAUUCACUUUCAAAAAAAAAUUAAAUAAAAUACUAGGCAGUACGUUUUAAGAGAAGUAAAAAUUGAUGUAUGAACGAUAUGCGAAGUCUUGCUUCUUUGUUUACGUUGACAUGAUAUGUAUUUAUGAA